AUGGUCAGUCAGGAAGUGCCAGGCAUAUCUAGAUGUUCUGAAGAAGCACAUUCAUAUGAAUUGAGUACAACCUAUUCAGAAGUACAUAACCCUAGUAACAUGAAAAAGUCUGAAAUUUCUGGAGUCAUGGCUAGAGCUGACAUCAAACCAAAAUCUAUAUGUCAUGCCAAAAAAUGGUCAGAUGAGGUAGAGAACUUAUACAGAUUCCAGCAAGCUGGAUACAGAGAUGAAGUUGAAUAUAAACAAGUAAAGCAAGUUGAUACGGUAGAGUGUUGGCCAGAAACUGGAUUUGUUAAGAAACUGCAGAGAAGGGACAAUACUUUCUAUUAUUACAAUAAGCAAAGAGAAUGUGAAGACAGAGAAGUCCAUAAAGUAAAAGUUUAUGUGUAUUAAUCUUAUUGUUGCUCUAAUUUGUUUGUAUAUAUUUUUGUAAAUCUGUUUGUCAGUUGGAAAUUUAAAGUAAAUGAGGUUUUUAUAAUCUAACUUGCCCUAUUUUUAAGUAUAGAUGUCAUUCUUGGAUAGAAUGGAGAAGACAGGAAGUCUAAAGAGAAUUCUGGAAUUCUGGACAAGGAGAUGUCAGUUUAUUCCUGUUAUAACCUUGAGUCAUAUUAUCCCUCAUUUUCCUAGCUACAAAAAAUAUUUUGAUAUCUAAAAAAUUAAAAACUGGCAAAUGAGCAUCAUGUAUUUGGUUUAAC